CAUAGAACUCUCCAAAUCUUGGAAGAAAAUAUGGCAUCAAUUUGCCUUCUCCGAUCUUGUGGGGGUACAGCACGCAGAAUCUGUUUAAGACCUCAGAUUUUCAAAGAGCUUUCACCAAAUAGCAUAAGCAAAGAUGUUACAUCAAAAACAAUUGUCCUUUCACCUGCCAUGUCACAUUACUUCCAGGCUAGACGAGGUCCAUUUACACCAGCUGAAAAACAAGGAAAGCAUAUGAUGAUGGCUUCAACACAUUGGAAAAUAGAGAGGAUUAUAGCAGUGUCUAUGCUGGGAAUUAUGCCUGCUUCAAUAUAUUUCCAAGGACCAUUCUGGGAUUUUAUGAUAGCCUCAACUGUUAUGUUGCAUGGUUACUGGGGUGUUAAUGGUGUUCUUACAGACUACCUUGAGAAGUUUAUUCCUUUCAUACAUUGGUUCUGGUAUGCUCUUGCCAUGGCUGGUGUUGCUGGACUGUUAAAUUUUAAUUAUAAUGAUGUUGGUGUUACAAAAGCCAUAUCUUUAGUCUGGAAGCUGUAACUCUAAAUGUUAUAUUACAUGUACCUAACAAAAGUGCUUAUUAGAGAUACUGCAAUCAUGCACAUAUACUGUUUACUUUUUUCAUAAAAUUUCUGUUAUUUCAAAUUUGUUACAGUAUAUGCGAUAUUUUUAUGUAGACUUUUGCUUAUAAUUUGAGAAUCUUAUAGGUGUCCGUCUGCACUUAUCCGUGAAAAUGUGCAAACAUUACAAGAAUACAUAUUUUAUAAGUUAGAUAUUAUAAUUUUAAUGGGUGAAAUCUAAUGUUAGGAUAAUUAUUGUUUAGUUUUUCAAGGUAGAAGCAUUUGAGCUGAUAGAAGUAAAACAACGAUGUUUGCCUCUAAUGACAUUAAAGUGAUCUGUUAUAUAUAUAUAAUCAAUUGUACAUCAGAAGUUAAUUAACAGUAAUUUUUGGUCUUUACAUAAUGUAAUAUUUGGAAAUGUAAUCUGAAAUUUUUAUACUAAAUAUCAGUUGGAUAUUCCUUUUUUAUUUUUUAUAAGAUUAACCUUUCUUACUAUGUUCUUAACUUAAUCACUUGAUUUUUCUCUUUGAAAACAAACGAUAAAUUUAAGAAAUACCACAAAAAAUUGAAAUAUUGUUACAAUGUACUGGUAUUCAGGUUAUACAUUAUAUUUCAGUAGCAGUGAAACAGUUCAAGUUAUGUUUAAUUUUUUUGUCCAAGUACUUGUAUUACAUUAAGAAGUCUCUGAUAAAUUUCAACUAAUGUUUCUAUCUAAAUACUUACAUCAGAGCGAACUGGUGUUCUUAUACAUUGUACUAUGUAUAAUCUUCAAGCUUUGCUUGUAAAAUAGAAAUAAAUUUAUUUAUCCCAUA